AAUUUUUGUGUUUUCUAGAAGUUAAACCACGUCGCGACCUAGAUUCGAUGCAUCUAAAUUCAUCGGAAUACGUUCAUGUAAAUUUUUGUUUUUUGAGGUUAUAUGGCUUUUUGUUUUUGUGUUGGUUCUGAGUUGCUUCGCAGCGUCGAAUGUUUGUUUUGUGGAUUGCCAGGCGGUAGACAGGCGCGCGAGUGCUCGGCCACAGUAGUUUAUAUGAAUACCGUGUGGGUAGAUGUGAUUUUUGUUCUAUUUUCCGCUUUGAUGUACUACUGCUGGUCUUUUCUUGGUCUGAGGAGCUCCCCGCCCUCUGAGCGUCCGGAAGAGCCGCCUCCAAUGUCGUGCACCGUAAUGCGCCCGCCGAAACCUAACCAGUCCAAGGAUCAGGUGACGGCGCUGCUGGCGAAAAUACCCAUUCUGGCGAAGACCUUCGAUAUCCACCGGAAGAUCGGCGAGGGCACCUUCAGCUCGGUCUACCUUGGCUCCAUAAAGCAGGAUGCGAGCGUGGCCGAUGGAGACAAGAGGUUGGUCCUCCUUAGACUGCUAUACGUUGGCUAAAAUAUUGGC